CAGUCGACUCUCGAUAAUUCAAACCUUCGAUAAUUCGAAACUUUCGAUAAUUCGAAGUAAAUGUUCGGUCCCUAGAAAACCACGCGUUAAUUCGAAUAAAAACCAUGCAUUUAAGUACACUCGGUAAUUCGAAAUUUAAUUUUAGGAAAAACAGUCACUAACACGUGACAAUUCGAAGUAUCAUCCGUUCAACUCUCGGCAAUUCGAAGUCAUAUUCACCACAUUUAUUUUAUCUGUAUUGUUUUAUCUGUGUGUUUUGGUAACUAUAGAAUUAUUAUCGUAGGAAUCUUAUCGUUUUAUUUCUUAACCGCCUCUUAUUAUAAUUUAACUCGUCUAUAGCCGUCAGUCGAAUGUAGUUUUAUUUUAGUUUCGUGUGGUCGGUUGUGAUGAGUGAUAAAGUGAUGAGUGCGUCUAAUUCAAAAAAAAAAAACAAAUCAUUGACGAUUUCAAAAAAAAAAGAAUUGAUUGAAGCUGUUGAAAAAGGUGACAAAAAAUCCGAUGUAGCCAAGUCAUUUGACAUUCCUUUAAGUACCCUGUCUACAAUUUUAAAGGAUAAAAAUAAAAUCAUUGCUACGUCAUCGAGCGGUGGUAGGAAACGAAACAGUAAAGGUGAGCAUCCAAGACUAGAAGAAUGUUUAGUACAAUGGGUUAGGCAAUGUAGAGGACAAAAUGUGCCCGUGAGUGGCCUCUUACUAAAAGAAAAAGCAAAAUCAUUCGCCAAAGAGUUGGGCAUUCCGUUUUUCUCAGCUAGUGAAGGAUGGUUAACGAAUUUUAAGAAACGAAACGGUAUUGUUUUUAAAAAAAUUUGUGGUGAAAGUUCUAGUGUUGACGAUAAUGUGUGUUUAGAGUGGCAUCGUAAACUUUCAACAUUGUUAAAAAAUUACGAGCCACGAAACGUGUUCAACACAGAUGAAACCGCUUUAUUUUUUAAAUGUUUACCAGAUAAGACUUUCACUUUUAAAGAGGAAAAAUGCCACGGUGGGAAGUAUAGUAAAGAUAGGUUAACAAUUUUACUAGCAGUAAACAUGAACGGAUCUGAAAAGUUAACUCCUCUCCUCAUAGGAAAAGCUGCCAAACCUAGGUGUUUUAAGGGCAUACGUACAUUUCCUAUAACUUAUCGUUCAAACAAAAAGGCAUGGAUGACGACAGAAUUAUUUAAUGAAUGGUUGGUUUCACUCAAUGAAGAUAUGAAAAAACAGAAACGUAAAAUUUUACUGUUUUUAGACAACUGUACAGUUCAUAAUAACCCCCCACCUUUAACUAAUAUAGAGCUUCAAUUUUUUCCUCCUAACACCACAUCGAAGUUACAGCCACUUGACCAAGGUAUAAUUAAGAAUUGUAAAACUUUUUACCGCCAAGAAGUUGUUAAGAAUGUUUUAGAAUGCAUUGAAAGUAAACAGACGCCAAACAUUAGUGUAUUGACUGCUAUGAUAUUUGUUGAUAAGGCAUGGAAAAAAGUGACUUCUUCUACGAUACUCAAAUGUUUUAAUAAAUCGGGAUUUAUCAUAGAUAUUCAAGAAACAGAAAACGACCAGUUGAAUAUUGAACCAAUACUAUGGGAUUCCCUGCCAACUCAAGAAAAUGUAUCUUUCNGAAGAUAA